CACUUGAAAGUGGAAAUGACCAAAAACAAAAACAUAAAAAAGUAAACGCGGUUCUUCAGUUCCUGUAUUGUUUGCAGGCAAAUCUUUGUUUGAAUCUUAAUUAUGCGUUCGAUUUUAUUAUCUUUGUUUUUCUAAGCAGAAACGUGUUUUCUGAAGCGUGCGAGAGCGCACAUGCAUCAAUUCCGAUUCUGGUUGUGGAUUGUUUUCACUUUGCAACCAUACAAAUUUAUGUCGUUUUCUUGUUUCUUGACACUCAGAUUCUCUCCCUGCUCUUCCAUUAUGUUGGUCGGGUCAACGUUAAACUUUUGUUCCAUUUUCGUUCUGUUUUUCUCUUUGUUGAACUCUUGCUAAGGCUGCUACGAAGUUUCCAUUUUUGUUGGGAUUCACGAGUUGGGUGUGAUUUUGAGGCAAAUGGGUCAAAUGGGUUUCUUUCAAAUUUCUAUAUUUUCUUGAAUUUUCGAUUGAUUUUAUUAUUUGUUUUUCUUCUUGGGUCUGUUUCACCAAACGGACCACGGAGAGUAUUUGAAAGAGGGUUGUUGUUGAUGGAUAUUAAGUCAACCAAAGAUGCUAAUGGCUGCAUUAACAAACCUGUGGCUGUGGCUUCUUUAGAUGGUAGAAAGGUGGAAGAUCUUGCCAAUAGAGAUGAUGAUAGUGAUUCCAACUCUUUGUUGCCACCCCAAAGAGGAGCAAUGUCACGGAAGACUGAUAAGAUAUGUAGGAAGGUGCAGUGGAACGAUAAGAUUGGAAACAAGCUUGUUGAGGUGUUGGAAUACGAGCCAAGUGAUGUUAGCGACUCAGAGGAUGAGGAUUCUUGUAUCUGUUCAAUAAUGUAGAUACCAUCUUGUUAUGUUGUCUCAAACUUCUUGCUGGACUAUCCCAGGGAGCAUCCUUGGGGCCUGUGAAACCUGAAUUUGAAGUAGAUAUGAUGAUUGGGGACCAACCCUCCAAUAACCAAGAUAAGCAGCUCCUUGUGUUUGCCAGAUGUUCAGAUCCAGUUCAUCUUGCUGGAUUUUUUGUCAUGAUUUCUUAGAUGUACUUUUGUGAAUUCUCUCUAUUCAGAUCAAAAUAUACACAUUGCUGAUAGCAGCACAGCUUCCAUGUAUGUUAACUAAAUAAGCAUCAUGCUUAGUCACGUGUACUGUUUCUCUAAGAAUUAUGCACUCAAUUGCUUUAAUGAUGUUUUGAAUUAAAGGGGAUACAUCUGCCUUUUUUUCUUUAUUUUCCCAAUUACUCAUUAUGUGGAAUAAAUUUUUGUGAUUGAAGUAGU